AGUGGUUCGCGCCGGGUAGGGAUGGGGUGGCUCCGCCGCCAUUUUGUUUGCGUGAGGGGUGAGCGGGGCGCUGUGCUGGGAGGUCUGUGGUGGCUGAAGGGGCGGGAGGAGGCGGCGGCGGAUACGGAGACCCGGGGUCGCGCCGAGCGCUCGUACCGCGAAGAGUCAGUGAGGGCGGGCUGAGAGAAGGCAGGAGGCACCGAGAGGGGCGCCUCCCCCAUCCUUCGCAGACAUGUACAUCAAGCAGGUAAUCAUUCAGGGCUUUCGAAGUUACAGGGACCAAACUAUUGUGGACCCAUUCAGCUCAAAACACAACGUCAUUGUGGGAAGAAAUGGAUCUGGAAAAAGCAACUUUUUUUAUGCAAUUCAGUUUGUACUCAGUGAUGAGUUUAGUCAUCUUCGCCCAGAGCAGAGGCUGGCUUUGUUGCAUGAAGGUACAGGUCCUCGUGUUAUUUCAGCAUUUGUGGAAAUUAUUUUUGACAAUUCGGACAAUAGGUUACCGAUUGAUAAAGAGGAAGUCUCACUUCGCAGAGUCAUUGGAGCCAAGAAGGACCAGUAUUUCUUAGACAAGAAAAUGGUGACGAAAAAUGAUGUAAUGAAUCUUCUUGAAAGUGCUGGAUUUUCUCGCAGUAAUCCCUACUAUAUCGUCAAACAAGGAAAGAUCAACCAGAUGGCCACAGCUCCUGACUCUCAAAGACUGAAGUUACUAAGAGAAGUAGCUGGUACCAGAGUGUAUGAUGAACGUAAAGAAGAGAGUAUUUCACUAAUGAAAGAAACAGAGGGCAAGCGAGAGAAGAUCAAUGAGUUGUUGAAAUACAUUGAGGAGCGACUGCAUACUCUAGAAGAGGAGAAAGAAGAGCUGGCUCAGUACCAGAAAUGGGAUAAAAUGAGGAGAGCGUUAGAAUAUACCAUUUAUAAUCAGGAGCUUAAUGAAACCCGAGCUAAGCUUGAUGAGCUUUCUGCCAAACGGGAGACAAGUGGAGAGAAGUCCAGGCAGCUGAGAGAUGCACAGCAAGAUGCUAGAGAUAAAAUGGAGGAAAUAGAACGGCAAGUUCGAGAACUGAAGACAAAGAUUUCGGCAAUGAAAGAAGAGAAAGAACAACUUAGUGCUGAAAGACAGGAGCAGAUUAAACAGAGGACUAAAUUAGAGCUGAAGGCUAAAGACCUGCAGGAUGAAUUAGCUGGCAACAGUGAACAAAGGAAAAGACUGUUAAAAGAGAGGCAAAAGCUUCUUGAGAAAAUUGAGGAGAAGCAGAAAGAAUUAGCAGAAACGGAGCCAAAAUUCAACAGUGUAAAAGAAAAAGAAGAGAGGGGAAUUGCUAGACUUGCACAGGCUACGCAGGAAAGAACAGAUCUUUAUGCAAAACAAGGUCGAGGAAGCCAGUUUACUUCCAAAGAAGAAAGGGAUAAGUGGAUAAAGAAAGAACUGAAGUCUUUAGAUCAAGCCAUCAAUGACAAGAAGCGGCAGAUUGCAGCUAUACACAAGGAUUUAGAGGAUACAGAGGCAAACAAGGAGAAAAAUUUGGAACAGUACAGUAAACUGGACCAGGAUCUUAAUGAAGUGAAGGCUCGUGUUGAAGAACUCGACAGAAAAUACUAUGAAGUGAAGAAUAAAAAGGAUGAACUACAGAGCGAAAGAAAUUAUCUAUGGAGGGAAGAGAAUGCAGAACAACAAGCUCUUGCUGCAAAGCGGGAGGAUUUAGAAAAGAAACAGCAGCUUCUCAGAGCAGCAACAGGAAAGGCCAUUUUGAAUGGUAUAGACAGCAUAAACAAAGUUUUGGAGCACUUCCGUCGAAAAGGCAUAAACCAGCAUGUUCUAAAUGGCUAUCAUGGCAUUGUGAUGAAUAACUUUGAAUGUGAACCAGCUUUCUACACCUGUGUUGAAGUUACUGCAGGGAACAGGUUGUUUUAUCACAUUGUGGAUUCUGAUGAGGUCAGUACAAAGAUCCUAAUGGAAUUUAACAAAAUGAACCUUCCUGGAGAAGUUACUUUCCUCCCUCUGAACAAGCUGGAUGUUAGAGAUACUGCUUAUCCUGAGACUAAUGAUGCUAUUCCUAUGAUCAGUAAACUGAGAUACAAUCCAAGAUUUGACAAAGCUUUCAAACAUGUUUUUGGAAAGACUCUGAUUUGUCGUAGCAUGGAAGUGUCUACCCAGCUGGCCAGAGCUUUCACUAUGGAUUGUAUUACUCUGGAAGGUGAUCAAGUCAGCCAUCGUGGUGCUUUGACUGGAGGUUAUUAUGACACAAGGAAGUCUCGGCUUGAAUUGCAAAAAGAUGUUAGAAAGGCAGAAGAAGAACUUGGUGAACUUGAAGCAAAACUCAAUGAAAACUUACGCAGAAACAUUGAAAGGAUUAAUAAUGAGAUUGACCAGCUAAUGAACCAAAUGCAGCAAAUUGAGACACAGCAGAGAAAGUUCAAAGCCUCCCGAGACAGUAUUUUGUCAGAGAUGAAAAUGCUAAAGGAGAAGAGGCAGCAGUCUGAAAAGACAUUUAUGCCUAAGCAACGCAGUUUGCAGAGCUUGGAGGCAAGUUUACAUGCUAUGGAGUCAACUAGAGAAUCGUUAAAAGCAGAACUGGGGACUGAUUUGUUGUCUCAGCUCAGUCUUGAAGAUCAGAAACGUGUGGAUGCUCUCAAUGAUGAAAUUCGACAACUACAGCAAGAAAACAGACAGCUUUUGAAUGAGAGGAUUAAACUAGAAGGCAUUAUCACAAGAGUUGAAACAUACCUCAAUGAGAAUCUGAGAAAACGCUUAGACCAAGUGGAACAAGAACUGAAUGAGCUUCGAGAAACAGAAGGUGGCACAGUUCUUACUGCCACAACAUCAGAACUUGAGGCUAUCAACAAACGAGUGAAAGAUACACUGGCACGGUCAGAUGAUCUGGAUAAUUCUAUUGACAAAACAGAAGCAGGAAUUAAAGAGCUUCAAAAGAGCAUGGAACGCUGGAAGAACAUGGAAAAGGAGCAUAUGGAUGCCAUUAACCACGAUACAAAAGAACUUGAAAAAAUGACUAAUAGGCAAGGCAUGCUCCUCAAGAAGAAAGAGGAAUGCAUGAAGAAAAUCCGAGAGUUGGGUUCACUUCCACAGGAGGCUUUUGAAAAGUAUCAGACUCUAAGUUUAAAGCAGUUAUUCCGCAAGCUGGAGCAGUGCAAUACGGAACUGAAGAAAUACAGUCACGUUAAUAAAAAAGCUUUAGAUCAGUUUGUGAAUUUUUCAGAGCAGAAGGAAAAAUUGAUAAAAAGACAAGAAGAACUGGACAGGGGCUACAAAUCCAUCAUGGAGCUGAUGAAUGUCCUUGAGCUCAGGAAGUACGAGGCUAUUCAGCUGACUUUCAAACAGGUGUCAAAAAAUUUCAGUGAAGUGUUCCAGAAGCUAGUGCCUGGUGGCAAGGCCACGUUAGUGAUGAAGAAAGGAGAUGUGGAGGGCAGUCAGUCCCAGGAUGAAGGUGAAGGCAGCACUGAGAGUGAAAGGGGAUCCGGAUCUCAGAGCAGUGUUCCAUCUGUAGACCAGUUCACUGGAGUUGGCAUAAGGGUAUCAUUCACAGGGAAGCAGGGUGAAAUGAGAGAAAUGCAGCAACUUUCAGGUGGACAGAAAUCCUUAGUGGCCCUAGCCCUGAUAUUUGCUAUCCAGAAAUGUGAUCCAGCUCCAUUUUACUUGUUUGAUGAAAUUGACCAAGCCUUGGAUGCUCAGCACAGAAAAGCUGUUUCAGAUAUGAUUAUGGAACUAGCUGAACAUGCUCAGUUCAUUACAACAACUUUUAGGCCUGAACUGCUUGAGUCAGCUGACAAGUUCUAUGGUGUAAAAUUCAGAAACAAGGUUAGUCAUAUUGAUGUGAUCACAGCAGAAAUGGCCAAAGACUUUGUAGAAGAUGACACCACCCAUGGUUGAACAAAAUUGUACUUACUGCUUGUUUGGAAGAUGUGUAUAGUGCUGUGUUUAUGCCAGGGACCUGUAAAUUUAAAAUAUGAAGUAUUUAGUCCUUGUUUAAAAUAGUUUUUGAACAUACAUUUUAACCAAGACCCCAGAAGGCUUAGUUUCAAAGGAGCUUGAGUAUCCAUUUUGUCUCUGUUGCUGUAUUUUAUAAGAUAAUUGUUAAUGUUACCUUUAUACAGUAACUGUAGUUUGGAAAUUUUAUUCUCUUCCCUCAAAUCUUUUGUAAAGUGUCUGUUGCUGUUUUGAAGCUUUUCAGAAAGUGGUAGCUAUUACUUCUUAAGUAUAAUUUUAUCAUUUAUAUUGCCUCACAUGGUUUUUUUUAAUGGCUUCAAUUAAAAUGAUUGGUUUUAUCGCUGUAACUUGUAUACAUUAAGUUUUUGGUUUAUAUUGUCUUUAUUUAGAGGAUUCCACUGAGAUGGAGUAAAUACUGUUUGGUCAUACUGGAGCUGCAUAUUUCAGAAGUAUGAGACAAAGCAAUUCUUUCAAGCCAUGCUUAAUUCUCUUUUUCCCCUUCUUUGCACAUCGCCAAUGCCAUCAGAAAACCAUCCCAAAUCCGUGCAUGUCCAAAUUCAUUGUGUUCUGGUUAUUGAACUGAAAAAAAUGUAAGUAUCAGAAGAUACUGAGAAGUCUGAAGAGAUGCUAGAAUCAAGACAAUCAAGAAAAAUCACAGCCCCCUCUUUUUCCUGGCCCCCAGGCCAGUGUGACAAUUCCUCCAUCAUAUCCCUUCAGCCUGAGAGACCACUAGAACUUGAACCAAGUGACAGUCACCAGUCAAAAUGCAAGUCUCUUCCUACUUCCUACUGUCUAGGCUUUUGGCAAAGGGGCAUUGAAUAAUUUGAUGUGUUAUUCUGGAAUACAUAAGGUUUUACUAUGAGCCGUAUAUUUCUUAGAUAGCAAAGCAGUUGUAAAACCAAAAUCAGCUGGUGUUGCAAUAGUAUAUAUAUAUAAAAAUAACCUUAAACAGCACCUUAUGUAACUUUAAAUAGUACAGUGAGAAGCAGUUAACUUGUAUACUGCAUUUACUCUGUAGGGCACUUUCAACGAAGCAGAAAAAUAAAGCUGUCUGGUUUUCAUCUGCAAGCACCCUUGCUCCCUGCUGAGAACUUCAGGAAGUGCAGGAAAGGAGAGCGUGAACUGAUUGCAGGUCUCCUGAGCUGAGGAGUGUAUAUACUUGCUGUACAAAGCAGGGUAAGAGAAGAAUACUAAAGUUGGUAUGGAGUACCUUCCCCCAGGGAAUGAUAAUCAUGUAGGAAAUGACUACCCUGCAGUAAGUCUUAAGCCUGAAGGAAGAGGAUGUUGUACCUGACAUUACAAAGCUUUUUAUAGUUCCUAGGGAGUCAAAGUUCCUAGGGAUUCAACUACCUGUGUAGUAGACUCCUCUGAGUGAAGAGAGGGUAGGGUACAAAACAUGAAAACAAACUCUUGAAGCCAAAGUAACCCCAACACCCCCGAAAUUUUUAGCACAUGGGUAGACUUAGUAUUUGAGAACCCUUAAGAAUUUGAGAUUUGUCCUCUGCGUACAGAGCUCUGAAAUACAUAUUGAGGGUGGCUACAGAGCAAAGCAUUCCCCAGUUACUCACAGGUGAAAGGAGUGAGUUCAAAGUCCAGAGAAGGACCCAAGAACCUAGCCACAGAUUCAUACCUAAGGUUACUGAUUCAUGCAGUUUCAUUCAGCACAUGUAAGGACACACUUGAAGUGUCUGUAAUCUAUGGCCAUCAGAUACAUAACUUGCCUGUGGUAAUAGGAGACUGCACUCUCUGCUAAUUCGUUAGGCUUGCGAGUGCUAGGGCAUCACCUUGACAGUUAGUUUGAAUUUUGGAAGAGAUAAGCAGUUUAUAGGCCAUGAAGCUAAUUACUGUGCUUAUUAAGAAGUGUCAUACUAAAUCCAUCUUAAGACUGAUCAUGAAUUUUAUCAAAUCUCAUUAAAGUGGGAGUAGAUUAGCAGAGCAGAGUGGUGGUCUGUGGGGGUUUUUUGUACAGUGCUUAGCAUAAUAGAGCCUAAAUGCAGCUGAAUAACUUGAGUAAUUUCAGCUGUGUUAGGAAUUGUCCUCUGGGUUGAGUCUAGCAUUAAGUUUGUUAUCAAGGACAGUAGGAAAAUGGGUAACUCUAGCAAGCUGGUGGAAACAACUGAAUGCUGGGUUGAUACUAUGCAGGGUAAGAAUAAAGAAGCCUUUAGCUAUCACUUGAGUUUCUUGUCCACUAAAGACCAAGGUUUAGAACUACUUGCACAGAACUUGGGGAGAUUUAUCAAGACUUUCAGAAUCCCUUUUCAAGGUAAGUUUGGGGAUUGGUGGUUAUUUUUUUGUUAAAACCUAAAUGACUGCUAAACAUUAUUCUGUCCUUUAAAAGUGGCAUUUCUAGAGAGGCUACCUUCUAAGUUGACACCUUGUUUUCCUGUGAGCAUACACCCCUUCCCACAUGCUUAUUGUCAAUGCUGUGAUGCCUCUUUGCUGUGCAGCCACACACUGCAAGAGUGAAAAAACUUAAUGGCAUCAGUUCCUUCAUCUGGUUCACUGAGUGAGUGCGUUACCAGUAAUGCUGGCAUGCAUGGGACUGGAAUGGGAAAGGCUGAAAUAACUUACACAGCAUCUCUUCCACAUAGAUAACAAAGCACAGCCGUUGUGUGGUGCUGCGGAUGCCCUACAGCGAGCUUGGGUUGCUGAGUUAGAAGCUAUAGUUAGAAUUGAAGAGGGCCUCAAAUAGGGAUGGAGUAAGGUAGGUUAUCUAGCAAAAUCCAUACUAGGUCACUAUAUUGGAAAAUAAGCUGCAUGAGAGAGAACUGUAUGGAAGUAGGAAAAUCAGAACGUUGUCCCUUGCUGUGUGUUUUAAGGAAAGUCCUUGUACAAAGGAGGAAGAACUGUCUUGAAAAAAUGCCAGUACAUACAACCUAAAGGAGGAUUUUGGUUUUCCCAGCCUGGUUUUGGCCAUGGGUAAGCUCAGGAGUGGCAGAACUCUGUCUGCCCCCUAAUGAUUUGCUUCAGAUUGCUGCAAAUCUGAAGAUGUGACACAGCUAUUGCAAAAUGCAGUGAUGGGUGUGAUGGGUUUCCAAGGUGUAUGUGUUGUGUUCUGUUUGUGAUGGUUCAUAUCUGGUCCACUCAACAUUGUAGUUUACAAGUUGCCUUUUCUGUCUGCCAGUGCUUUAAAUUCUUCCUGAAGUCUUAAAAAUAAGCUGCUUUGAGA